AGGAAAUCUAUGGGCAAAUAUCUUUCCCUUGUUUCGACUACAAAGCGAUGUCUUCGUACGAGCCUCAGCAACAAAUAGCUAAAGGGAGACCUGCAUACGAUCAAUGCAAAGUACAGUAGUACAGCAAGAUGCCGAAUAGCAACUCUUCGCCAUACCUCCAUUUAAAAUCCCAUGUUAGCCUCAAAAACUAACGCCAUAAGCCCUCUUUUUUUUGUAUGUUGCGUCUCUCACGGGUCGACUGCCAUGAUCAACGUGGAAGACGGCGAGAAUCCCAACUACAAACCGGAGCAUCCCGGCGCUCCGGCCAGCCUCCUCGCCAAGGUCCGGGCCAACCUAUCCUUCCAGUCAAAAUGGUCUGAACUGAACGGUGCCAUGGGAGACCUGGGCACCUACAUCCCCAUCAUCCUAGCCUUGUCUCUGGCCAACGGCCUCGACCUCGGCGCCACCCUCAUCUUCACCGGCGUCUACAACAUCCUCACCGGCGCCCUCUACGGCGUCCCCAUGCCCGUCCAGCCCAUGAAAUCCAUUGCCGCUGUCGCCAUCUCUAGCGGCCCAGACUUCGCCGUGCCCGAGAUCAUGGCCGCCGGGAUCUGCACCUCGGCCGUCGUCUUCUUCCUCGGCGCCACCAGGCUCAUGCAGCUCGCCUACAAGCUCAUCCCCCUCCCCGUCGUGCGGGGAAUUCAGCUGUCGCAAGGGUUAUCCUUCGCGACGACCGCCGUCAAAUACAUCCGCCACGAUCAAGACCUCGCAAAAGGGAAAUCUUUGGGCCAGCGGUCCUGGCUAGGCCUAGAUGGGCUCCUUCUAGCCAUAGCCGUCACCUUCUUUAUUGUAGUCGUAAAUGGUGCAGGCGAGGAAGUAGAAGAUGACAACGAACUCGCUCUUGCUCUUGUUGGAUCCGGCGAAGAACAGAGACGACGACGACGGAGGCGAUGGAGAAAAUUACUAGCCUGGGUACCGUCCGCCGUGAUUGUCUUCUUGUUGGGCAUCAUACUGGCUAUAAUAAGAAAGCCGAGCGCCGUCGAGGAAUUGAAACCAGGGCCGUCAGCGAUGCAUGUGGUGAAGAUCUCCAAGCAUGCAUGGAAAGAAGGAUUCAUUAAAGGCGCAGUGCCUCAGAUUCCAUUGACGGUGCUGAAUUCGGUGGUCGCCGUGUGCAAGCUCUCGACCGACCUCUUUCCCGACAAGCCGGAGGCGACGGCGACAUCCGUUUCGGUCACCGUCGGGCUGAUGAAUUUGAUCGGUUGCUGGUUCGGGGCGAUGCCGUGCUGCCACGGGGCCGGCGGGCUCGCAGGGCAGUACAAGUUCGGCGGGCGGAGCGGCGGAUGCGUGGCGGCGCUCGGGGCGGCGAAGCUGGUCAUCGGAGUGGUGCUCGGCGGUUCGAUACUGAGAGUGUUGGUGGAGUUUCCGGUGGGGUUGUUGGGGGUGCUGCUGCUGUUCGCCGGGGUCGAGCUGGCGAUGGCGGCGAGGGACAUGGCGUCCAAGAAGGACGCGUUUGUCAUGCUGCUGUGCGCUGCGGUGUCGCUGGGCGCCUCCAGCGCCGCGCUCGGGUUCGCGUGCGGGAUCGUCGUGCAUCUGAUUCUCGUGCUCAGAAGGUGGUUGAUGAAAUGAUUAGGUUUUAUAAAGUUAGUUGUUUAUUUUGACAUGCAAGCCCGUCAUUAGUACUUUUUAAAAGCUUAUCUGCAUUCCUGCCUAUGAGCAGUCUUUUAGAACACUUUUGUGUCAAGAAUCUAAUAGGAAUAAAGAUGAAUAAAGAUAAAUAAAGAAUCUGAUACUCUACUAUUACACCUGUUCA